AUAGAUAAACGGACGAGAAACUUUCGUUGUGUGGUUAUAUAGGUGCGUCUAAAACGGCCUUACAAUCAUUUAAUAAUUUUACCGAGUACGACUGUAGUUGUGUAGGUCGUAAUAAGAUAUCUUUAGAAAUGAUUGCUAGUACUGCAUUUUCCGUCAUAUUUUUAUUAGUAAUAGUUACUAAAACUAGUACGAUGGAUUUAGCUACCGCCAAAAAAGGGUUUGUAAAACCCUUGUACGACGCGCCUCAUGUCGACAAUCAAAAUUCCGUGCCCAAAAUAACUAUGUCAAUAUACUACGAAAGCUUGUCCUCGGAUUCGGUGGAUUUGUUUAAAAAUCAAAUAAGACCAAUCUUGGCGAAAUUUCAAAAAUAUGUCAACUUUGAUUUCGUGCCUUUCGGUAAUGCUGACAAAAAAUUAUUCGAAGGAAGAUGGUUUUUUAAAUGUCAAAACGGACUAACUGAAUGUAUGAAAAAUAAGUGGCAAGCAUGUAGCAUUCAUGUACUACCAUCCAAACUGCAAUUAUUGGCUAAUUAUUUGGUAUGUUAUAUGAGUUCUACAGUUGAAACACAUUCAGGAUAUCAAUGUACGAGAAAUAUGGGCUUGUACGACGAUUAUUACGGCAAGAUAAAGAAGUGUUUUAUGAACAGACAAUUCAGCGAUUCGUUAAUGGUUCAYUACAGCAAUCGUACACAGACCGUUUUACCGCGUUCGGCUCAGAUUCCUUCUAUUGUUAUUAACGGAGUGUACAGUGAAAUUGAACAAGACGACGCAAAAAAUAAUUUGGGAAACGUUUUAUGCAAAUAUAUACACCCUAAGGUUGUUGGGUUGUGCUAACUAAUUGAAGAAAAACAACUUUAAACAAUUCAAUAUCCGUCCAGUAUAAAAAAAAAGUAUUAAUAAUAUGAUGCUACAAGUGUUAUUAUUAACUUUUUUGUUUUUUAACUCAUUUUU